UUUGGAUCUGUGUCGUCCCUGUAAACAAACGAGGCGGGUAGCUAGCAGCUCUGUAGCUAACGUUAGCUCCUUUUGGAUUUAUUCAAAGCAUUUAUAGAACAGACAUGCGGGUGAAAUCCCGGAACUCUGUGUCACUGUGAUUCUUGUCGGACACGUUGUGUGGCGACACCAGCAGCAGUUUGGAUCUAACGUUAGUGUGUGACGGUUGAUGGAUUUAACGUGAGCUAGGUUAGCUAACAGGUUACCAAGGCAACGUCAGCCAACAGAUAGUAAACUGGAAGCUGAAGAAAAGAUCCAAAAUAGUUCAUCGGUACCACCACCUGUAGUCCAGGUGGAUGACAUGGAGGAGUACAGUAUUCUUGGUCGGAUCGGUGAAGGAGCUCACGGCAUCGUCUUCAAGGCCAAACACAUUGAGGUAAUACAUAAUACAUCUCUUUCUCCCCACUGGGUUAUCAAUAAAGCAAGUAUUGAUGACGUCGUCUUUCAGACUGGAGAGACAGUAGCUCUGAAAAAAGUGGCUCUGAGGCGGCUGGAGGACGGCAUUCCCAACCAGGCUCUGAGGGAGAUUAAGGCCCUGCAGGAGAUCGAAGACAACCAGCAUGUGGUGAAGCUGAAGGACGUCUUCCCUCACGGGACGGGCUUCGUGCUGGUGUUUGACUUCAUGCUGUCUGACCUCUCUGAGGUGAUCAGGAACUUCCAGCAACCUUUGACCCCGGCUCAGGUCAAAGGUUACAUGAUGAUGCUGCUGAAGGGCGUGGCCUUCCUGCAUCACAACAACAUCAUGCACCGAGACCUGAAGCCAGCAAACCUCCUCAUCAGCUCUUCGGGUCAUCUGAAAAUUGCAGACUUUGGUUUGGCGAGAUUGUUCACUGAGCAGGAAGACAGACUGUACAGCCACCAGGUGGCCACCAGGUGGUACAGAGCCCCUGAGCUGCUGUAUGGUGCCAGAAAGUACGACGAAGGAGUUGAUCUGUGGGCGGUGGGCUGUAUUUUCGGGGAGCUGCUGAACUUGUCUCCUCUGUUUCCUGGUGAAAACGAUAUCGAACAGCUCUGCUGUGUCCUCCGAGUGCUGGGGACACCGACUGAGGACAGCUGGCCUGUGAGACCCCGCUCCUCAGGGACACUUGCUACUUCUGCUUCUUCUGCUUUCUUCACAUUUGUUGUUUACAUAACCAACGAGAUUGUGGAGUUGCCAGAUUACAAUAAAAUCACCUUCAAGGAGAAUCCAGCGAUCCCAUUGGAGCAGAUCGUCCCGGACUCUUCCCCUCAGGCCGUCGACCUGCUCUACAACUUCCUGGUUUAUCCGUCCUACCGACGCUGCUCUGCUCGACAGGCUCUCCUCCAUCCCUUCUUCUUCUCCUCUCCUAUUCCUGCUCACCACUCAGAGCUUCCCAUUCCUGAGAGGGGGGGUCGACUCCCCCACCAGCGGCUGCAGGCUCCACCCAGCGACUUCUCAGUGGACCUUCCUCUGCAUUGCAGCAUGGUAGACCCUGCCCUGCUGCGGGGUCACGCCUCCUAGCAUCCCUUAUGUCACGAAGUUUAGCUCACACAGGAAGUCAACGGUUUCCUGUUGUUCCAAAAUAAACAAACAGCAUGAAAAGGACCAUCAAGGAGCUGAUUACUUAACUCAUGCACUUUAUGUAUAUACAUUAAAAUAUCCCCUGAGCCGCUUGUUGUUUGAACUGAUAACUGAUUAGCAAGUCACUUUCUGCACUUGCUCAAUAACAACGAGAAGGACGAUGCCUUCACUUUGGAAACUUUGUACAUCAAAUGUUCCAGAACUUCAAUCAAAACGUGGCUGAGGCUCUGGUAGACAUUUACGAACCCUUUCCGUAAGUCCGAAUUGGAUGUUUAGUCCAAAGGGAAUUUCCCACAAGUAAAUGUGACGUUAAAAACGGGAUAUGGCACAGAGAAUAAAUAGAGGACGGCAAACAUUAAGGAUUAAAGAUGGAUAAAAAAAACCAUACAAAAUCAGACAAUAUUUAUUCAUCUACUCAUGAAACAUAAAAAAACAAUUUGAUAAAACGUAAAACAUUAUCUAAAAUUGCCUCUCAUGUUAUGGGGAAAGAACAUGAAAUACAUCCAAAUUAGAGAGUAAAACAUAUUACAUAAAUACCCUCAAUUGUAAAUCAAAUUUUUCACGUUGUCAUGGUGAUGUGGCAUGUGGCAGCAAAAAGUGCUGUCCCUUCAUUUUUACACCAUUUAAGCCCUCACCCUCAACCACUUACCAGGUGACCUCAAUUAAGUCCCUGAGGGGCCAGGGUUUAGGGGGCGAUUGGGGUUUUGGGCCCAGAACUCACCUGGUCAGUCUUGCCUGAGUCCCUAUCACCUGAAUGAGUGUCAUGGCCAGGUGAGGCUGACCUCACAUCUUAUGGAAUUUAAACACAAAACGUGACUUGAAUGAAUCCAUUUAUUGAUCAUAACUGAACCCUCGGAAUAAUAACAGCGAAUAAAUUAGGAAUUUCUGUCAUUUUUAAUAAAUCUAACGGCCUUGGCAAGGGGACUAAUUUGACAUAUUUUUUUUUGCUUUUCUCCAGUUUUGAGAUUUAAAAAAUAAAACACUUCCAAUGUCUUCCGACCCAAUAACUCUGAUGCCAACACCUACUUACAUCUGAGCCUCUGACAUCACCAUAGAGCUGAUUCUUAUGAAACAUGCAAGUUGCUUUUCAUCAUGAAUAUAAAGUUAGUUUGGGACUGAAGCAUAUUUAAAUAUGUUUAAAUGACAGACUGCAGCUGUAACACUGUGAUGUCCUGUCUGACUUUGUGUCUGUCUAUCUGGAUAUUUAUACAUUACUUUUUUAUUAACAGAACACUCGGCUUGUCACUCGGAAAGCAAUCUCUUGUCAUCAGUUCACAUAAAAAUGUCAUAACUCAAA